AUGAGCAUCACGUCCAUUCUUACAAACGUGCACGCGAGAAACGCUAAUGAAGAAAUAUUCAAACGCAUUAUUUCGCAACUGGAAACAAUUUAUUCUGAAGUCAAAAAGGUUAGUGCCAAAGCAAAUUGUCCUUUUGGUUGUUUUGGAUGUUUUGGAACAGUUAACAAGUUAGAUACAAGAAGCUACUUAAGAAAACACUUGUCAGAAUAUAAACUAACUAUGGAAAGCAUGAGAGCGAUAACAGAGGGCUUGCCGACGGUCGAUCGUCAUAUAAAGAAAAAGGCUUUUAAAGAUCAUAUGAAACAAAAUUUUAACCAGUAUUAUAAGAUUGAUAAUGUAGUACCGUCCACAGGUAAGAAGUAAUGUGGACGCUACAAUCCAG